UAUGCUUGCCAGACCUGGAGGAUGAAGACGGAAGAGGCUCCAUCUUGUCUCCAGCAGGCCACGCCCGUCUUGGGCUAUGGCACGUGCAGGCGGAAGAUGUGGGUGUAAAGGCAAUGAGAAGAAUGAGAACAAAAGUCCUUGCUCCCAGAUAUUACACUGGCCCCCUACCUGCCCUGAUUGUGUGUGUGUGUGUGUUCAGCAUGCCAAUCCGAGGAAGAGAGAUCUGCUGCAAGUGCUGCCCAAGCUCAGAGUCCAAAAUGCGGGAGGUUUGUGCUGGCUGCAACACCCCGAUCUCCGACCGCUUCCUCCUGAGGGUGAAUGAGCGUUCGUGGCACGAAGGCUGCUUGAAGUGCACCGCUUGCCUGCAGGCUCUCUCCGGCACUUGCUACUGUCGCAACCGGCAGCUGUAUUGCAAGCAUGACUAUGAAAAGCUCUUCCAGACUAAAUGCAGUGGUUGCCUCAAAGCAGUGGCUCCCUCAGAGUUCAUCAUGCGGGUGCUGGAAAACGUCUAUCAUGUCCACUGUUUCUCCUGCUGUGAGUGCGAGAGGCGGCUGCAGCGUGGCGAUGAGUUUGUCCUCAAAGAAGGGCAGCUGCUUUGCCGCAGUGACUAUGAGAAGGAGAGAGACAUGCUGAGCGCCAUCAGCCCCGCUCCCACUGAGUCAGUGAAGAGCGAGGAUGAGGAUGGGAGCCACCCGCAGGGCAAAGGCAGCGAGGAAGCCAAGGACCACAAGCGCUCCAAGCGGCCACGGACCAUCCUCACCACACAGCAGCGCCGUGCCUUCAAGGCCUCCUUCGAAGUCUCCUCCAAGCCCUGCCGGAAGGUGAGGGAGACGUUGGCAGCUGAAACAGGCUUGACUGUUCGGGUGGUGCAAGUUUGGUUCCAGAAUCAAAGGGCCAAGGAGCAUCCGUCCUCCUCCUUGCAGAUGAAGAAGAUCGCCCGCAGGCAGCAGCAGCAGCAGCAGCAGGAGCAGGAGCAGCUGGGCAAUCCACGCCUGGGCACCGGAAGGGGGACCGGAAGGAGCAGCAGGCAAAGCAAUGAAGACAGCGAAGAUGGUGCCAGUGUGCAUGGAAUCGAGGGUCUGAUGGUGCCAUACUCCAGGAUUGCCCAACAGCAGCUGCUUCCCCUGGAUCAGAACAGCUACAGCACAGACUUGUACCGGCAAGGACUCACCCCACCCCAGCUGCCAGGAGACCAUCUCCACCCCUAUGAUUCAGAAGGCGUCUUCCAUGACAUGGACAGUGACACCAUUGGCCAUUUGGGUGACUGCCUGCUGUCAGCGGCUGAAGCCAACCUCCUGCAGACCCGAGUGGGCAACCCCAUUGACCGGCUCUACUCCAUGCAAAGCUCCUAUUUCACCUCCUGACCGUGGGGACGUUCCUGGCUCUUCCACCUGAUCUAUGCCACUCUGGGCUUAGAAGUGUGGAACGGCACGGAGGAGCAAGCCCGUUGCAUUUGGAAGGACUCUUUGGACCCUGCAAAGUGAAGGAGGCAUGCAAGGCUGCCGGGCAUUUGAGGGCCAAGCCUUAGGUGCUGAAGUUGAGUCUCAGAGGACUUUGCUGCACUGCCUCUCCCCUUGUCCUUCACCCAGUGUCCUAGAGAUGGACAAUUUCACAUUGUGUAGCUUGUAUUUCUAGCAGUGUGUUUUUGUGCUUAAACUGUGUAGGGCAUUAAGGCUAAUUUGAUGCAUCACCAGCAGGGACGGGAGACCUGGCUCAUGCUGGGAACAAGGUUUCCAGGGCCACUGGGCUGCUUUUCAUCCAGCUUGUUGUUCCUUGUUAAUACUCUGCAACCUUGGCACAACUAAGAGCUUACUUUUCAGGAACAUGAGGAGUCUGAGAGGUGCUUUAGAAACAUUAGGUUAGUUUUAUACUUUAACUAUUAUGCCACUCUAAAGAAUUAUGGGAAAUGUAGUUUGCAGAAGGUCCUGAGAGUUCCCCACUAGAGCUACUUAAACCCCCCUCCAGAGAGGGGAAAUGAAUGUUAAACUAGAUAUGAUUAUAGUGAAAACAUGCUCUUAGAUUCAAAUUGUUCCAAGCAUCUCAAAGAGAGGGUCUAGAGCAGGGGUGGGGAAUCUGUGGCCCUUCAGAGGCUGCCAGGCUGCAAUUCUCAUCAGCUCUUGCCAGCAUGGCCCAAUGAUCAAGUAUGAUUGCAGCCAGAAUCCAGCAAUUGCCGGAGAGCCACUAGUUCCCCAUCCUUGCUGCAGAUGGAAGGCAAUUUUGCUCUCUGUUCAUCCUUCGACUCCCUUGCUCUUGAACACCUCCAUCUUCUCUUUAAGCUCUGCCCCAAAUACUUUCCAUUGGCCACUUGAUGCUUGCUGGAGAUUUCACACAAUAUAUUCCCUGCAGGAUGGUUUCAUUAGCCAAGGCAGCACAGCAGACCUCAGAACAGUUCCUUCCAUCAUCAUAGCAGCAAAAAAAUCUGGAUCCUCUUGUCCUGUUUAAAAACCUCCAAAGAAGGAAAGUCUACCACCUCCCAAGGGAGACUGUCCCACUGUUGAACAGUUCUGACUGUCAGAAAGUUCUUCUUGAUGUUUAGUAGAAAUCUCCUUUCUUGUACCUUGAAUCCAGAGCAGGAGAAAACAAGAUUGCUCUUCUUCCCUGUGGCAGUCCUUUAGAUAUUUGAAGAUGCCCCGUGUAUCUCCUCUGUGAUUCACGAUGAUCCAUUGCAGGUUACAAAAUCAUUAUAUGGAGGGAAGCCCCUUUUGUUGCAGAUGACCUGUGAUGUGCCUGGGCAAAGCAAAUAUCUGGAAUGUGCCAGGAGGCAAAUGAUCUUGUAUAGAAAUGUCCAGUACAAAACCAGACCUCUCUUCUAGACUGGCCACCAACAUCAAUGCUGCUUUAUAAACAGCUCUAUAUAUAUAGUUCAUAUUUAUCUGCAGAUCAGUGUUACAACAAAGGUGAAAAGAGCAUCAUUAGACAUGCAGAGGCCAUUGAGAUGAUCUUCUGUCAAAGUCAUCUGGUUGUUUUUUUAAGGCAGGUGCCCAUUUAAAUGCAAGUAAUCAGCCCUGGUUUAAAUACAUUUUGAUGAGGGGGGAGGGUUUUGGGAGAAGGAAGGUUCCCCAGUCUGAGUGACCUAUGCGUGGGCAUGUUGGAAGGGCUUCCACCCCCCCUGCCCACAACAGAAAGUGUGUGGUUGUUAUGUGUGGGGUGGGAGGUAGGGGCACAACUUCACUCUCCCAGGCACCCCAUGUCCUCUCAGUGAGUGAAUCCUGUGCAGGUGUACUCCAGUGUAUUACCCAUUGAGCUAAAUGGGCUUUCCUUCAGGUGUGUCCAGGACAGCAGAUCAAUCUGUAAUGGUUCACUGUAGCCAAGAUGUAGGAUUGUGCUCCCAAUGGACAGUGGGAAAAGCAAUUUGGUUGUUGUGAGCUCUGAAUAUAUCUACUUGUUGAACCACCACUUGUCACACAUUACUCUAAGUUGAGCUUGAGAGGGAGACUACAGAGGAAGAGGGCUCCUAGCCUGUCCCUGGGCUGCCUGGGGAGCCUGGCUUCGCCACCAAGAUGUGCAUUUUGGCUCAUCAAAUGCCAGCUCAGCUGCCUGUUUUGACCAUCUCCCAACGCUUCCAGCAGUCUGACCACAUUCUUGGUGUUUUGUUUUAAUUACUGCAUCAUGUAUUUAUACCUUCCAUCAUCAUCUUGUUUGAAAAGUUGCAAAAUCUGUUGCAAAAACUGCAAGUGCAAGCGGGGUUGUGAGAUCGCACAGCAAGCUUCUGCUGCAAACUUCCAGAACAUUUACCCCCAAAGCCUAACUGCAGAAACAACCAGCACAUUUAGCAUGAAUGUGGCGACAGCACUUCCAGAUGGGCCCUACUGCGCUCUACAUAUUCUGUUUUGUCUUUGGGCAGAGAGACCUUGUUCUGACAGUGCUUGAGCAAGGGCCUUUUAAAAACUGGAAGCCAGAGGUUCCUUGGAGUCCCCACCCCCUGCUCAGUUGAGUUCAUGCGCUGCUUGAUGUGCCCCCACCAACUGUGAGGCCCAGGACAAUUAACCCCUCCAGAAAGGCUCUACCUGCAGCUGGGAGCCACAGGAGAGCUUCUCAGAACCUAUUGCCUAACUGUGGUUCCAAUCUGCAGCCCACAAUCUAAUUAUUUCUGCUUGGACGUGUGCUAAGUUGCAAUUUGCAUCCUGUUACACACAGUGGUCUCCCUGUCUUCAAUGGAAGUUGCAGGGUUGCAGCACACAUGGUGUAACCAAAACAGAAAGCUUUCUUUCAUGGGUCAGGAAGCUGUGGACCUCCAGGUGGACUACAACUCCCAUUAUCCCUGUCACCAAUGGCCAUGCUGGCUGGAGCUGAUGAAAGUUGAGAGUCCAGCAACAUUUGCAGGGCCACAAUCCAGUGGGGCAGGAGGAGAGCCUUGCAAACCCCACCAGAAUGAAUGGUUGAAGGUCAACACAGAACACCCUGCUGAGUGAGUGGCACCCUCUCUGUAGUGUUCCCCUCCAGCAGAGGCAUUUGCUCUAGAUUUUGGGUCCAGAAUGAGCUUUUGAAAGUUUCUAUCCAUCCAAAGCACACAUUGGCCAGUGUACUCCAUAUACAAGGCCUGGUUGGGGAGGGAUAGGGGAGACCCUUACAUUUUCAUACCCGUUGUAAUCUAGUGUUGUGCUGUGCUGUGCGGGUGUCUUUGCAUGUGCAUUUGGAAAUUAAACAAGAACAAAAACUCAAA